AAGAAGUGUAAUUAUCUUUAUAAAAAAAGGGAUUUUGUUUAAUACACGGAUGUUUAAUAGAGAAAAGAGAACAGAGAGAGACGGGCACAGCUCAGCUCAGACUCUCUCUCUCUCCCACUCACACACAGAUCAAAUGAAUAGCAGCAGUGAGAUUCAGAAUCAAAAGCUGACCUCCCAAUUGGAUUUGGAUUUGGAUUUCGAAUUCGAUCAGCCUUCCGGCAAGCUCCGCCUGCGUGAUUUGCUCGACAUUUCUCCUACUCUAACCGAGGCUUCUGGUGCCAUUAUUGAUGACUCAUUCACGCGAUGUUUCAAGUCGAAUCCUCCGGAAACGUGGAAUUGGAAUGUGUAUUUGUUUCCUCUAUGGUGUCUUGGGGUUGUAAUUCGAUAUUUCUUUCUAUUCCCUGCAAGGGUUCUAAUAUUGACAAUUGGAUGGAUAAUAUUCCUUUCAUCUUAUAUUCCCGUGCACUUUCUGCUGAAAGGGCACGACAAGUUGAGGAAAAAGUUCGAGAGGUAUUUGGUGGAGUUAAUUUGCAGCUUCUUUGUUGCAUCAUGGACUGGGGUUGUAAAAUACCAUGGGCCACGGCCUAGCAGGCGGCCUAAGCAGGUUUUUGUGGCCAAUCAUACCUCCAUGAUUGAUUUCAUUAUCUUAGAACAGAUGACUGCAUUUGCUGUUAUUAUGCAGAAGCAUCCUGGAUGGGUUGGACUCUUGCAAAGCACCAUAUUAGAAAGCGUCGGAUGUAUCUGGUUCAAUCGUACAGAGGUCAAGGAUCGUGAAAUUUUAACAAAGAAGUUGAGGGAUCAUGUUCAAGGGACUGAAAAUAACCCUCUUCUCAUAUUUCCAGAGGGAACUUGUGUAAAUAAUAACUACACUGUUAUGUUCAAGAAGGGUGGUGCAUUUGAACUUGACUGCACUGUUUGCCCAAUUGCAAUCAAGUACAACAAAAUUUUCGUUGAUGCUUUUUGGAACAGCCGGAAGCAAUCCUUCACAAAGCAUCUGCUGCGGCUCAUGACAUCCUGGGCUGUUGUGUGUGAUGUUUGGUACUUGGAGCCACAAAAUAUUAAACCUGGAGAGACAGCCAUAGAGUUUGCAGAGAGGGUUCGGGACAUAAUAUCUGUUCGAGCAGGUCUCAAAAAGGUUCCUUGGGAUGGAUUACUUAAGUACUCUCGCCCUAGUCCAAAACAUAGAGAACUGAAGCAACAAAGCUUUUCUGAGUCAAUGCUGCGACGCUUGGAGGAGAAGUGAUAUAUGUAUAUAUUUUGUUUAAUUCUAUACUUGUACCUUUUUUGAGAUAUAUAGUCACUAUUCUUCAGUUGUUUUUGAUAAACUAGUGGAUACCCAGAUGUGAGAAAUUUUAGAGUUUAGACUGAUGAUUGUGCAAAAUAAUAUCUAGUUUUACAUAAUAAUAUUGCAAUGGAAUUGUACUUUUCUUCCA